AUGGACGAGGCGGCCCUGCCCUGCCCUGGAGCUGCCCGGGCGGAGGCCGCCGUGGGGCUUUCCCGGCCGCAGCGCCCAGCUCUGCGCUCGCACCUCUGGCGAAACGAGGGAAGGGAGGGGAGCAGAGGCUUUCACAUCCUCAAACCCCGGGGAAACAUCUGCUGCUGCCGCCGCCGCGGUGCCAUCCGAAAUGGGCAGGCAAGUGCCUUCUCAGUUGAACCAGUUUACAAGGAUCACCAACGGUAUCCAAGUCUGUUGAAGAUGUGUAAGCCUGUUAUGAGCUACCUUGAGAGCAAGCACGGUUUUGCAGCUUUGAAGAGAAACAGUUAUUUCCUUAAAUUCUAUCUAUUCACUCCUCCAGUAGGGACAAAUUACCCUUUCUUUCCACACCAGGAUGUUGUGCCUUUAAUAGAUCAGUGCUCGGGUUUUGUGAGUCCAGCAGCAAGUGCUGAACAGCAGCCCCUUGUUGGAAGAGCUAUUGAAUCCCUGACAGACUCCAGUGAUAGGAAACCCCACCAGUGGCCCCAUCACAGGAAAGUUCACUAUUAUAGUAAAAUGCAGACCCUGCUGAAGUUGUCAGGAAAAGUCAAACCGAACUCAGGGACAAACCUUGAAGCAGAUAUGGUUGUUGGAGGCUUCUGGGACAGAUUUCAAACAAAAUCUUUUACAUCUCCACAGAGAUCAGGUGAUUUUAUAAGCCAAAGCUCUCAAACCUGUCAUAUCCCUUUGUAUAUCUGCUGUGUUGGUACAGUAAGUUUUGAAGACAGUGCUAGUGUAGACUUAAUCCCACUUAACCAUGUGCAAACUUCAAAGCCUCACUACACAGGCACUGCACACACUCCAAAUAUUCCUGGAUACACUGGUAAGGUUCAUUGGUCAGCAACUCAGCCAGCAAAUUCUAAUCUUCCAUCAACAGCCCCAUCAGUAAUUGCAGGAAUGCAUGGGUAGGUAUGAGGGAUAUUUCUCAGCUUGUUCAGAAAUAUUACAAAGAAAAUUGUAAUUGCAUUUAUUUACUUAAAAAACAAUUAAAUGUUACACAUGACAUUCUAUUGGCUUUAAAAAUACAGAACAAUUGGAUUUGGCUCCCACCACAUUAUUGUCUUGCUAAUCUGAAGUCCUUUUGAGAUUUUAGAAUUUUUCUGGAACGUUGUACAUUAUGUGUAGGAAAAGUGACUUUUUUUUCUUUUCUUUUUUUUUUUUUUUUUUUUUUUUUUUAAUAAGUGUCCUUGGUUUUUUUCAAAGGACCCAUGAAUGUCAAAGUUAUCAAUUCCCAGAAGAAAACUGUGUGGAGUUUCUCAACUGGUCUUGGCAGACUUAUGAAACAGGUAUUUGCUACGAAAAAAAUGCUUGUUAAAAAUGGGUGGGUUCACUUAAAAGGCAGUAAGAAGUAAAGUCAUGCCAUGCCAUCACACUGAUGUAACUUGGGACCCUGUGGCUGUGAAAUCAUCAUAGCUCCCCAUCACUACCAUGGCUGCCUCAUGAGGUGAAUUAGUAAUCUUUAUUCUCUCUUUCUCUUCCAUACAAGGAUGGUUAAAACUGUGGGCCAAUAUAAGUAUUUAGAUGUCUAAACUUGUCGAUUACAAAAGAGCUGGAUGCUUCAAAAUCACUUUUACCUUUGUUAGCAUGAAGAGCUUCUCAUGCUGGCAAAGAACUAACUUAACCUUUCUCCCUAAUACCUUAGUAACUAUUUGUUUCUCCUCUCUCCUUUAUGAUUUUGUGCUUUAGAUUUGUUUUCUUGUUAUCUAUAGUGAUCUAGGAUAUGGUGACACUUUUCCAAGCUUACGUGUUUUCCUGAGAAAUAUAAUUUCUAAUUAGACUUUUAUGGGCCUUAGGAUUCUGUUCACAACACAUCACACUUUUUUUCAGCACUGUCAGUGAAAGCAUCUAGAAAAGGCUUGAGGGGAUUUACAUAGCUGCAUUUUAAAGAGUUCACCUUGUCAAGAGUUUCAUUGUUUCAUUGUAUGCCCUGACUUACUUUUCUACUGCCCUCCAUCCAGUCACCUCUGCUCUUUUUCUCUUGUGAUUCUACUUGGAAAAUAGGCAGUUACCUUUAGUUAUGGGCUGCUGUUGACAAGGAAUGGAAAGAUGCAAAAAAGUCCUGAGUGUCCAUAAUCUGAUAAAGCUGAACUCAAAGCAUGCAAGUCUAAAUCACUUGUAAAUGACACAGAUAAAUAAAAAAGGCAAACACAUCUCAGCAAAGAUCAUUGAGAGACUUCGUUCAGAUACCAGAAGAGCAAAAAUUACAGGCACCACUGUGAUCUGAAGAAAACACAUUAGUUGAUUUCUUUUACUUUACACAAAUGUUACUGUGGGUAUAGUUCACAGUGGAGGAAUUUUCUUCAUUUUUAGUGUAUCGCAAGAACAGGGUUCUCAUUCUGUGCCAAUGGAUACUUUCCAGAAUGAGGACAGAAUCUCCUGACCUUUUUGAAGAAGGUUGUGUAGGGAUACACUAGCAAGCAUAAUCAUAUCCAGAGAUUGCAGAGCAGGUUUUUCCACCCUUUGCCUGAGCUAUAUGGUACAUUUCCCUGAGGAGGUUGUAUCCCUUUCUGCAAAAUCGUAAUAGGUCUAUGGUCCUACCUGUGGAGUAAGUUCACUGAGCUAAGAUGGAACAUUCUAGUCCUUCAUGAAGCUAUUAUGUAAAACUAUGACGGGUGCUGAGAAUCUCACCUCAAAAUUAGUUACUGAUGCCCAUAAAAUAGACAUGCUUAAUAUUUGAUUCCUUUCCUUUAUAAAAUAAAUCAUAAGAAUUCCUGCUGAUUUCAGGAGUCACAGGUCAAGCUAUACUGUAGUGGAGAGAUGAAGAGAAGAGACAUUAUUCCUGAAAUUUGGGGUCAGACAA